UGGCCCUCAUCGCCACCCGUAGGCCUGGUGGCGCGCCACUGCACGUCGGAGGUUGUAGUCGGCUUAGGGCUGAGCGCCGCAAGUGUGAGCCCGGGAGACGCUGUAGUGCUUGUGACUGCGGGGGCAGAGCCCAGGACUUAGGGUGAUGGCUGCCGUGGCCGUGGCUGUUCGCAAGGACUCGGGAUCUGGAAUGAAGGCAGAGCUUUCUCCUCGGUCUGGGGCAGCAGCAGGGAGGGAGAUGACCCAAGAAGAGAAGCUGCAGCUGCGGAAAGAAAAGAAACAGCAGAAGAAGAAACGGAAGGAGGAAAAGGGGGCAGAACCAGAAACUGGUUCUGUUGUAUCUGCAGCCCAAUGUCAAGGCCCAACCAAAGAAUUGCCAGGACCCGGCAAUCAGGUGGGCACUGCUGGGGAGAAAGUUCCAGCUGGUCGGAGUAAAGCUGAACUUCGUGCUGAACGGAGAGCCAAGCAGGAGGCUGAGCGGGCCCUGAAACAGGCAAGAAAAGGCGAACAAGGAGCACCUCCUCAAGGAGGACCUCCUCCUCACUCCUGCCCCAGCACAGCUGGAGAAACCCCCUCAGGAGUGAAACGUAUUCCUGAACACACUCAGGGUGAUGACCCCACACUUCUGAGAAGGCUUGUUAAAAAACCAGAGCGCCAGCAGGUUCCUACCCGAAAAGAUUAUGGAUCCAAAGUCAGUCUCUUCUCCCACCUACCGCAGUAUAGCAGACAAAACUCUCUGACUCAGUGUAUGAGCAUUCCAUCCUCUGUGAUCCACCCAGCCAUGGUGCGCCUCGGCCUGCAGUACUCCCAGGGCCUGAUCAGUGGCUCCAAUGCCCGGUGUAUUGCCCUGCUUCGUGCCUUGCAGCAGGUGAUUCAGGAUUACACAACACCACCCAAUGAAGAACUCUCAAGGGAUCUAGUCAAUAAACUAAAGCCCUAUUUCAGCUUCCUGACUCAGUGCCGUCCCCUGUCAGCAAGCAUGUACAAUGCCAUCAAGUUCCUUAACAAGGAGAUCACGAGUAUGAGCAGCUCCAAGCGGGAAGAGGAGGCCAAGUCAAAACUUCGAGCAUCCAUCGAUUGGUAUGUGAACGAGAAGAUUGUGCUUGCAGCUAAAGCAAUUUCACGCUUUGCUUAUCAGAAGAUCAGUAAUGAAGAUGUGAUCCUGGUGUAUGGAUGCUCAUCUCUGGUAUCAUGGAUUCUUCGGGAGGCAUGGGCUGAGGGCCGGCGAUUUCGGGUGGUAGUGGUGGACAGCCGGCCAUGGCUGGAGGGAAAGCACAUGUUACGCUUUCUGGUCCGUGCUGGGGUCCCUGCUUCCUAUCUGCUGAUUCCUGCAGCCUCCUACGUGCUCCCAGAGGUUUCUAAGGUGCUGUUGGGAGCUCAUGCACUCUUGGCCAAUGGAUCCGUGAUGUCACGGGUAGGGACAGCACAGCUGGCCCUGGUGGCACGAGCCCAUAAUGUGCCAGUACUCGUCUGCUGUGAAACAUACAAGUUCUGUGAGCGUGUGCAAACUGAUGCCUUUGUCUCUAAUGAGCUAGAUGACCCGGACGAUCUGCUGUGUGAGCGAGGAGAACAUGUGGCCCUGGCUAAUUGGCAGAACCACGUGUCCCUACGGUUGUUGAAUCUGGUCUAUGAUGUGACUCCCCCAGAGCUCGUGGAUCUGGUGAUCACAGAGCUUGGGAUGAUCCCCUGCAGUUCUGUACCUGUUGUCCUACGAGUCAAGAGUAGUGACCAGUAAGUGGGGGAACACAAGGUCAAUAAACGACAUACUCCCUGCACU